GAAAGAAAGAAAGAAAGCAGUAACCACUUCACUCUCCCUCAUCAUUUCCCCAACACACUCUUUCUCCGGCCGCCGGAAAUGGCCAUCGCCAUCGCCGCCGCCGCAGCUCACCUCAUAUUCCUUUCAAUUGCCUUCGCCUCCGCCUCGUCGCAGCCCACGCGAUCCCUCAAAACCGACGCCUCUGCCCUGCUAUCAUUCAAGAAAAUGAUCGACAAAGACCCCGCCGGAGUUCUCUCCGAUUGGGUUUCCGGCAAGGACCCCUGCCGGUGGCGCGGAAUCAACUGCACCCUCGGGAGAAUCUCAACCGUCGAUCUCGCUCGUUCCAAUCUUGCCGGCAGUCUCUCCUUCGCCCCCUUCUCCUCCAUGGAUAUGCUCACCUCCCUCAACCUCUCCGCCAAUUCUUUCGCCAUUAACGCUUCUGUAUCUCUCCUCCAAAUCCCUUACACUGUCAGAGCUCUCGAGCUUUCCUUCGCCGGAAUAUUCGGUCACAUCCCGGAAAGAUUCUUCGCCAAUUGCCCUAAUCUCGAGUACCUCAACCUUGCCUUCAAUAACAUCACCGGUUCCCUGCCGGAAAAUCUCUUCCUCGAAAUCGACAACCUCCAGUUCCUCGAUCUUUCCUACAACAACAUCUCCGGUCCCGUUUCGAAUUUAAGGAUCCAGAAGUGUAGCUCCCUGUCUUACCUCGAUUGGUCGGGGAAUCAGAUGGUGGGAGCCCUGCCGGCGUCGCUGUCAAACUGCACCGCCCUGGUUGAUCUAAUCGUGCCGGAAAAUUCCCUCUCCGGCGAAAUCCCUGCAUCUUUCGGUGCCCUGAAGAAUCUCCAAAGAUUAAAUCUUGAAAAGAAUCAUCUCACAGGAUGGAUCCCAUUCGAAUUGGGCAAUGUCUGCACCUCUCUAAUGGAGCUCAGGCUCUCCAACAACAACCUCACCGGAUCAAUCCCUGAUUCAUUCUCAUCGUGUUCUUGGCUCCAAAUUCUCGACCUGUCCAACAACAACUUGACCGGACCGAUCCCGGAAUCCGUCCUGCGCAGCCUGACAUCCCUGGAGAGCCUUCUUCUCAGCAGCAAUCGAAUUUCCGGCGAGUUUCCGAGCUCGAUUUCCUUCUGCAAGAAGCUGAGAAUCGUCGAUUUCAGCUCCAACAUGCUCUCAGGCACAAUUCCGCCAGACAUAUGCCCCGGUGCAGCCUCAUUACAAGAGCUUCGCGCGCCGGAUAAUUCGCUAUUUGGACAAAUUCCUCCUCAGCUGUCGCAAUGUUCGCAGCUGAAGAUCAUCGAUUUCAGCAUAAAUUAUCUCAACGGAUCGAUCCCUGCAGAGCUGGGGAACCUUGCAAAUCUCGAACAAUUAAUUGCUUGGUACAACAGCUUGGAUGGAAGCAUACCUGCAGAGCUUGGGAAUUGCAGGAAACUUAAAAAUCUGAUCUUGAACAACAAUCAUUUGAGCGGCGAAAUCCCGACCGAGCUUUUCGACUGUCUCGAUAUCGAAUGGAUCUCCCUCACCAGCAACGGGUUCAGCGGCGAAAUCCCGAAGAAAUUCGGGCUCUUGACGAGGCUAGCAGUCCUGCAGUUGGCUAACAACAGCUUGAGCGGUCAGAUUCCUAAGGAGUUAGCAAACUGCAGCAGUUUAGUUUGGCUGGAUUUGAACAGCAAUCAGCUGAGCGGCGAAAUCCCAGCGAAGCUCGGGAGGCAGCUCGGAGCGAAGGCGUUGACGGGAAUCUUAUCGGGCAACACGCUCGUUUUCGUUCGCAACGUCGGGAACUCGUGUAGGGGAGUCGGAGGAUUGCUCGAGUUCGCCGGAAUUCGUCCUGAGAGGCUGCUGCAAGUCCCGUCGCUGAGGAGUUGCGACUUUACGCGAAUGUAUGCCGGGCCGGUUCUCAGCCUCUUCACGCGGUACCAGACGUUGGAGUAUCUCGAUCUUUCGUACAAUCAGCUCCGGGGGAAAAUCCCCGACGGAUUCGGGGAAAUGAUCGCGCUGCAAGUCCUGGUCAUAUCGCAUAACCAGCUCUCCGGCGAGAUUCCAGCUUCUUUAGGCCAGCUGAAGAAUCUCGGCGUGUUCGACGCAUCGCAUAACCGGCUGCAGGGGCGCAUUCCCGAUUCGUUUUCGAUGCUAUCGUUCUUGGUGCAGAUUGAUCUGUCGAACAACGAGCUGACAGGGCAAAUCCCGUCGCUCGGCCAGCUCAGCACGCUUCCGGCGAGCCAGUACGCAAAUAAUCCGGGACUGUGCGGCGUGCCGUUGCCGGAAUGUCAGUUCAAGCAGGAUUCAGGCGAUUCCGCCGAUACGACGUCGAAACAGGGGAAGAAAGGCUCUGCUGCCUCUUGGGCUAACAGCAUUGUGAUGGGGAUACUCAUUUCGGUUGCGUCGGUUUGCGUACUUAUCGUGUGGGCGAUUGCAAUGCGCGCGCGACGGAAGGAGGCCGAAGGCGCGAAAAUGCUCGGUAGCUUACAGGCCUCACAAUCGGCGACGACGUGGAAGAUCGAGAAGGAGAAAGAGCCGUUAAGCAUCAAUGUAGCAACUUUUCAAAGGCAACUUAGGAAGCUGAAAUUUUCACAGCUGAUUGAGGCCACCAAUGGCUUCUCGAAUGCGAGUAUGAUCGGUUCCGGAGGAUUCGGAGAAGUGUUCAAGGCGACAUUGAAGGAUGGAUCGAGCGUGGCGAUUAAGAAACUGAUAAGAUUGAGCUGCCAGGGGGAUAGAGAAUUCAUGGCGGAAAUGGAGACUUUGGGGAAGAUCAAGCAUAAGAAUCUGGUUCCUCUUUUGGGGUACUGUAAGGUUGGGGAAGAGAGGCUGCUGGUUUACGAGUUCAUGGAGUACGGCAGCUUGGAGGAGAUGCUCCAUGGGAGGGGGAGGAGAGUUCUGACAUGGGAGGAGAGGAAGAAGAUAGGUCGUGGAGCUGCUAAAGGUCUGUGUUUUCUGCACCACAAUUGCAUCCCUCACAUAAUCCAUCGGGACAUGAAAUCGAGCAAUGUGUUGCUGGAUAAUGAGAUGGAGGCGAGAGUGUCGGAUUUUGGAAUGGCGAGGCUGAUAAGCGCGCUGGACACGCACCUGAGCGUGAGCACGCUGGCGGGGACGCCGGGGUAUGUGCCGCCGGAGUAUUACCAGAGCUUCCGGUGCACGGCGAAGGGGGACGUGUACUCGUUCGGGGUGAUAUUGCUGGAGCUGUUGACGGGGAAGAGGCCGACGGACAAGGAUGAUUUUGGGGACACGAAUUUGGUGGGUUGGGUGAAGGGGAAGGUGAGGGAGGGGAAGGGGAUGGAGGUGAUCGACGGCGAUCUGGUGAGGGCGACGGCGGAGGCGGAGGGGGAGGGGGCGGAGGCGGAGGCGGAGGCGGGGGAGGUGAAGGAGAUGGUUAGGUAUUUGGAGAUUACGUUGCAGUGCGUGGAUGACUUCCCGUCGAAGCGGCCGAAUAUGCUGCAGGUGGUGGCGAUGUUGAGGGAGCUCGGGUCCGGCGGCGGCGGGAGUGGAAGCGCCGGCAAUAGUGGGUGAUGAUGGUGGGGAAGAAUGGGGGUGUGGAUUGUAAUGGUUUGGGACUAGAGGGGGUUGUUUGAAAUAUGUGUUAAUUGUUUUGAAUGGAAUUUGUAUUUUUGUUUAAUUUUUUUGUUUUUUGGUGAUGAAUCUUUAUACGUGGAUAGUUAACGAGAGAUUGAUCAUUUUUUUUUAUUAUUUUGUUUAAUGACAUGAAAA